CCUAGGAGUAGCAAGGACUACUAACGAUUCCCUCCACGCGGGCGCUACAGUGAGCCUCCCUCCACCCGAUCCACAACAACACCAUUGACCUGAGCUCUGAGCUGACCGCGCGCGGAGAGGGAGGAUGAAGGUGCAGUGCGACGUGUGCGCGGCGGAGGCGGCGUCGGUGUUCUGCUGCGCCGACGAGGCCGCGCUGUGCGGCGCGUGCGACCGCCGCGUGCACCGCGCCAACAAGCUCGCCGGCAAGCACCGCCGCUUCUCGCUGCUCAACCCGGCGCCACCGUCCUCGUCGCCGGGGCAGCAGCAGCCGCCGCCUCCGCUCUGCGACAUCUGCCAGGAGAAGAGGGGGCUCCUAUUCUGCAAGGAGGACCGGGCGAUCCUGUGCCGGGACUGCGACGUGUCGGUGCACACGGCCAGCGAGCUGACCAUGCGCCACACCCGGUUCCUGCUCACCGGCGUGCGCCUCUCCGCCGAGCCGGCCGCCUGCCCGUCCCCGCCGUCGGAGGACGAGAACAGCAGCGGCAGCUUCGCCCCGCCGCCCGCGCCCGCAACCAGCCACGGCAGCGACAGCAGCAGCAUCUCCGAGUACCUCACCAAGACGCUCCCCGGCUGGCACGUCGAGGACUUCCUGGUGGACGAGGCCGCCGCCGCCGCCGCCGCCGCCGCCAGCAUCGGCGUCUCCGCAGACGCGUCCUAUCAGGGAGGGCCGCCUCGGAUCGGCGGCGUCCCGGACGGCGGCUACUCGGCCUGGAUGGCGCAGGAGCAGCUCUUCGGCGACAGCGCGGCCGCCGGCGGCGCGCGGGCCAGCCGGGAGCGGUGGGUGCCGCAGAUGAUGUACGGCAGCCCGGAGCUGGCCGCCGUGGCCGGCAGCAAGCGGUCCAGAACCGCCGCGUCCCCGGCGGCGUACUCUUACUGGUGACCCCCAUCGACGGAAGACCGCGCCGACCGACUCGCCGUCGCCGUGCCGUCCGUAUUAAGCACCGGCUGGUGCACUAGCGUACUGCUCCCAGUUUAACUGUAACCGAAGUUGUUUCCGGGCUCAUUUACCGCCGCAAACCUUUUUUCGCUCUUCCGGGCGUCCCCGAUCGGACGGGUGCCCGGGAGCGUUCGUGCCUUUUUGAGGGGGUGCUGGGGGUAAGCUCCAGCUCCUGCACCUUUUGUAUCUCUCCUCUUUUUUGCUCGCUGCAACUUCGAUCGAAGCCUAUCGCUGUCCA